AUGGAAGGGAGAGAAGGUAGCAGCACUGGAGUCACGGUGAUAGGAGCGGAAGCUCCGUCGGCGUAUCAUAUGGCGCCGAGGAGUGAAGUUGCUCUGAGCCAGCAUGGUCCUGUUUCUGAAUCAGCGGGUGGAGUUAUUGGUGUCUUGCCGGUGAGUCUGGGAAUGGAUGGAGGGGCAAUUAAGAAGAAAAGAGGUAGGCCAAGGAAGUACGGGCCAGACGGGUCGGUUUCUGCUGUGGCAUUAUCGCCUUUUCCGAUCUCGUCUUCAGGUCCUUUUUCUAGUGAGUUUUCGUCGGGGAAGCAAGGGAAACCGAAGGGGAUGGAGUUCAAGCAGUCGAAGAAAGUUGGAGUUGAUCUAUUUGGUGACUCGGUUGGAACCAACUUUAUGCCGCAUAUCAUUACCGUCAAUGCUGGUGAAGACAUUACAAUGAAGGUUAUAUCUUUUUCUCAGCAAGGACCGCGAGCUAUAUGCAUCUUAUCCGCCAGCGGUGUGAUUUCAAACGUUACGCUUCGUCAGCCUGAUUCUUCUGGCGGUACUUUGACCUAUGAGGGCCGUUUUGAGAUACUUUCGUUGUCUGGAUCGUUCAUGCCUACCGAGAGUCAAGGAACCAGAAGCCGGUCCGGUGGAAUGAGUGUUUCUUUGUCAAGCCCCGAUGGUCGUGUUGUAGGCGGUGGAGUUGCUGGUCUUCUAGUAGCAGCCAGUCCUGUGCAGGUGGUGGUUGGAAGUUUUCUGCCAAGUAACCAACAAGACCAGAAACCAAAGAAGCCAAAAUCUGAUUACGCAACAACCACCUUAACCGCACCUAUUGCAGUAUCUUCCGCGCCGCCACCAACCAAUGGCGAAAGGGAAGAUAUCAUGUCUGGACACUUACUACAAAAUUCCGGAACACUUAACUCAAAUCUUACUUCUCCCUCAGCCUUUCGUCGAGAAAAUUGGGUUAACAUGCACUCCAUGCCGGACUCAAUGAAGUCUGCAACCGAUAUUAACAUAUCUUUGCCCGAUAAUUAA